GUGAGGUGGCGAGCCUCACCUUGGUGAUCCCAACCGGAUAAGCUAUGCAUCAGCCAGUUUCGUGGGGCUGCACAUUUCGUCGAACACCUGGAGUCCACGCCGCCGGCGACGUCGGCACAGCGCGCCCGCCCACCGCCCACGCACGCGCUUGACUCCACCCAUGUUCUCCCUUCUCGACGCCCGCGAAGCCAGCGAACCGAUCCGAGGAAGUCAAGCCCCCACCGCCACUUGGACCGACCUCGGGACGACGACGCCCCCGCGCUCUUCUAGACGCGCGGACGACGCGGGCGCUGGCUCCGCGACGCGACGUCGCGGUCAUGGAGUAACCGCGACGGACAGAUACUUCUACCCGUUUUUAACCUCGCCUCCUCCUCCUCCCGGCUCGAGAUCCGUGGCCACGACGCGUGGUGGGAAACCGGGAACGACGUGCACGCACGCACACAGGGCAAGUUUCAGUAGAAAAAUCGCCGGCAUCCAGAUCGGGACAGUCUCUCUUCUCCCGCAAUUUUAUAAUCUCGCUCGAUCCAAUCUGCUCCCCUUCUUCUUCUACUCUCCCCAUCUCGGCUCUCGCCAUCGCCAUCCUCCUCUCCCUUCCCGGAGAAGACGCCUCCCUCCGCCGAUCACCACCCGGUAGGGCGAGGAGGGAGCCAAAUCCAAAUCAGCAGCCAUGGCGCAGAUGCUGCUCCAUGGGACGCUGCACGCCACCAUCUUCGAGGCGGCGUCGCUCUCCAACCCGCACCGCGCCAGCGGAAGCGCCCCCAAGUUCAUCCGCAAGUUUGUGGAGGGGAUUGAGGACACUGUGGGUGUCGGCAAAGGCGCCACCAAGGUGUAUUCUACCAUUGAUCUGGAGAAAGCUCGUGUAGGGCGAACUAGGAUGAUAACCAAUGAGCCCAUCAACCCUCGCUGGUAUGAGUCGUUCCACAUCUAUUGCGCUCAUAUGGCUUCCAAUGUGAUCUUCACUGUCAAGAUUGAUAACCCUAUUGGGGCAACGAAUAUUGGGAGGGCUUACCUGCCUGUCCAAGAGCUUCUCAAUGGAGAGGAGAUUGACAGAUGGCUCGAUAUCUGUGAUAAUAACCGCGAGCCUGUUGGUGAGAGCAAGAUCCAUGUGAAGCUUCAGUACUUCGAUGUUUCCAAGGAUCGCAAUUGGGCGAGGGGUGUCCGCAGUACCAAGUAUCCAGGUGUUCCUUACACCUUCUUCUCUCAGAGGCAAGGGUGCAAAGUUACCUUGUACCAAGAUGCUCAUGUCCCAGACAACUUCAUUCCAAAGAUUCCGCUUGCCGAUGGCAAGAAUUAUGAACCCCACAGAUGCUGGGAGGAUAUCUUUGAUGCUAUAAGCAAUGCUCAACAUUUGAUUUACAUCACUGGCUGGUCUGUAUACACUGAGAUCACCUUGGUUAGGGACUCCAAUCGUCCAAAACCUGGAGGGGAUGUCACCCUUGGGGAGUUGCUCAAGAAGAAGGCCAGUGAAGGUGUUCGGGUCCUCAUGCUUGUGUGGGAUGACAGGACUUCAGUUGGUUUGCUAAAGAGGGAUGGCUUGAUGGCAACACAUGAUGAGGAAACUGAAAAUUACUUCCAUGGCUCUGACGUGAACUGUGUUCUAUGCCCUCGCAACCCUGAUGACUCAGGCAGCAUUGUUCAGGAUCUGUCGAUCUCAACUAUGUUUACACACCAUCAGAAGAUAGUAGUUGUUGACCAUGAGUUGCCAAACCAGGGCUCCCAACAAAGGAGGAUAGUCAGUUUCGUUGGUGGCCUUGAUCUCUGUGAUGGAAGGUAUGACACUCAGUACCAUUCUUUGUUUAGGACACUCGACAGUACCCAUCAUGAUGACUUCCACCAGCCAAACUUUGCCACUGCAUCAAUCAAAAAGGGUGGACCUAGAGAGCCAUGGCAUGAUAUUCACUCACGGCUGGAAGGGCCAAUCGCAUGGGAUGUUCUUUACAAUUUCGAGCAGAGAUGGAGAAAGCAGGGUGGUAAGGAUCUCCUUCUGCAGCUCAGGGAUCUGUCUGACACUAUUAUUCCACCUUCUCCUGUUAUGUUUCCAGAGGACAGAGAAACAUGGAAUGUUCAGCUAUUUAGAUCCAUUGAUGGUGGUGCUGCUUUUGGGUUCCCUGAUACCCCUGAGGAGGCUGCAAAAGCUGGGCUUGUAAGCGGAAAGGAUCAAAUCAUUGACAGGAGCAUCCAGGAUGCAUACAUACAUGCCAUCCGGAGGGCAAAGAACUUCAUCUAUAUAGAGAACCAAUACUUCCUUGGAAGUUCCUAUGCCUGGAAACCCGAGGGCAUCAAGCCUGAAGACAUUGGUGCCCUGCAUUUGAUUCCUAAGGAGCUUGCACUGAAAGUUGUCAGUAAGAUUGAAGCCGGGGAACGGUUCACUGUUUAUGUUGUGGUGCCAAUGUGGCCUGAGGGUGUUCCAGAGAGUGGAUCUGUUCAGGCAAUCCUGGACUGGCAAAGGAGAACAAUGGAGAUGAUGUACACUGACAUUACAGAGGCUCUCCAAGCCAAGGGAAUUGAAGCGAACCCCAAGGACUACCUCACUUUCUUCUGCUUGGGUAACCGUGAGGUGAAGCAGGCUGGGGAAUAUCAGCCUGAAGAACAACCAGAAGCUGACACUGAUUACAGCCGAGCUCAGGAAGCUAGGAGGUUCAUGAUCUAUGUCCACACCAAAAUGAUGAUAGUUGACGAUGAGUACAUCAUCAUCGGUUCUGCAAACAUCAACCAGAGGUCGAUGGACGGCGCUAGGGACUCUGAGAUCGCCAUGGGCGGGUACCAGCCAUACCAUCUGGCGACCAGGCAACCAGCCCGUGGCCAGAUCCAUGGCUUCCGGAUGGCGCUGUGGUACGAGCACCUGGGAAUGCUGGAUGAUGUGUUCCAGCGCCCCGAGAGCCUGGAGUGUGUGCAGAAGGUGAACAGGAUCGCGGAGAAGUACUGGGACAUGUACUCCAGCGACGACCUCCAGCAGGACCUCCCUGGCCACCUCCUCAGCUACCCCAUUGGCGUCGCCAGCGAUGGUGUGGUGACUGAGCUGCCCGGGAUGGAGUACUUUCCUGACACACGGGCCCGCGUCCUCGGCGCCAAGUCGGAUUACAUGCCCCCCAUCCUCACCUCAUAGACGAGGAAGCACUACACUACAAUCUGCUGGCUUCUCCUGUCAGUCCUUCUGUACUUCUUCAGUUUGGUGGCGAGAUGGUAUGGCCGUUGUUCAGAAUUUCUUCAGAAUAGCAGUUGUUACAGUUGUGAAUCAUAAAGUAAUAAGUGCAGUAUCUGUGCAUGGUUGAGUUGGGAAGAAGAUCGGGGAUGCAAUGAUGCUUGUGAAGUUGUGAUGCCGUUUGUAAGAUGGGAAGUUGGGAACUACUAAGUAAUUGGCAUGAUUGUACUUUGCACUACUGUUUAGCGUUGUUGAUACUGGUUAACCGUGUGUUCAUCUGAACUUGAUUCUUGAUGCAGUUUGUGGCAUUACCAGUUUAUCAUCGUUCUUCAGGAAA